UGUUCACUGAAGAACUUCAGAACAAAAAUGUCUACAUAAAUGAUUCAGCUAUUUUGACAUGUCAACUCAACCUUCCAACAGAUGAAAAUGUUGACUGGAGGAAAGAUUACAAGCCGGUUGAAAUUUCAAACAAUUUAAUGGUCAUGAGCAAGAAUGGCAAUCAUUGGUUAGCGAUUUCCCGUGCAUCAUUAGAAGAUACAGGUCAAUAUACGUGUGUAUGUGGCCAUAUUUCAACGUCAGCUGAUCUUACUGUUAUAGAUGAAGCAUUAAGUGUGGUCGUUCAUCUCCCAGUCAAGAUUGCGGUUAUUGACAUGGAAACAUUGAUAUAGAAUGUAAGGUGAACCUGCUGACGAGUAAACCUGACUGGCGACACAAAGGGGAACUUCUACAAUCAUCUGGUAGAAAGGUUAUACAAGCAAAGGGUUCUACACACACAUUGAUGAUCACGAAUAUAACAUUAGACGACGAGGGUGAAUAUACAGUUGACUUUGGAAAUGUCUCAUCUAAAACAACAGUUCAAAUACAAGUGGAAACAGACCUUAUCCACAGAAAACAGAUAACACAAGAAUUGUACAGAAAUUGGAUGAGAGGAGCUCUAGCGUUAAAAUAUUUAAAAAUAGGUUUAGAAGGUUUUUCCGACAAGGCUGUUCACAAACAACAUAAUGAACUAAUGAAAAAACUUGGAAACUCCUGCAGCACUUGUACAGAGGAAAGUCUUCUCCCACAUAAACAAGAUCAAUGCCCACGACAAAGAAAACAUCAAUGUUUAUGUACCAAAGGUCAGAAACAGAAGUCAAGACAAAUGUGCCCAAACGGGGGAUUUUGUGGCAACGUUUAUAAUCAAAUAGUUUAUAAACAUCGCUUUCAAGAUCCAUUAUUCACAAAUACAGAUAUCCAGAAAUGGAGCAGUGAUGCGUGGAGUGUUGCUACAUGCUUUGUUAAUACUACUGGCUACAAAGGCAAACAAUCAGCUAAAGAUGUCGACUGCUCUGGUUUACUUAGUAUGUGUAUAAACAACAUUGAUAUAGAAAUAAUGCUUGGAGGAGUUACCAUCGAUGGUAAAAUAGAUGCGUUUGCAAAGGCAAGAGAAGCAAGGAACGAUAUUCUUCACAGUCCAAACUAUGAACUAUCUGAAAAUCAACUAAACACGUUUAUCAUAAUGUUCAAAGAAGUACUAGAAAUCCAGGACAAACAUGGUAAUACACCUUUGGAAGGGGAGUCAGGCGUAGAUGUAGCAUUACGUUUACUAGAUAUGGUAAUACUCCUAUUGGAAUGAUAUAGUAUAACGUUUUAGGAAGUAGUAGAAAUCAGAGUCAAACAUGGCAAUACACCCCUGAAUGGGAAUCCCGACGUUGCACACGCAUUACAUUCACUAGAUAUGGUAAUUAACAUAUAAGAGUAAUGUAGUGAUUAUAAAGACAAGAUUAGCCGAUUUUGGAUACAUUUUAUUGGUUCUUUAUUGGUAUUUGUUUGGAUUAAAUCGCAUUUCUCUCUAUAUUAAGAAUACAUUAAUCAAAUUUGUAAUAUUUCUUGCACAUUAUACUUUAGCAAAUUCUUUAUGUUUACCACUGGUUAUUUUGUAACAGAUGUAUGUUAUAAAUAAAAUAGUACGUUCAGGUCCUUUUGCAUAAGUGUUAAAUAGAGGAUAUUUGUGUGUUUUGCAUGUCACUGAGUGAACACCAGAUGCAAUAUUUAGCUGGUGUUCACGAAUGAAAUAUAUUUCAAUCUUAUAUGUAAAACAAAUAAAUUUUAUUUUUAUUUCAUGCUUUUUAAGUGAUUUUAAGUAUUUUCUACUGAUUUUGCCGCGUAACUUUGCGCAUUCUCCUUUGUGACGUCAUCACAUCAUGACGUCACAUCAUCAGUUUUGAAAUAUAGUUCUGUUAAAUUUCUCUAAUUUUGUUACAUUUUAACAUCAUGUAUGGUGACGUCGACUUUCUUUUCCUAAAGAAGCAAAAUUUACGUAUGACGACAUUUAUUUCUGCCUGUUAUUCCAUUUAGUUAUGAUUUUCUUUUCAUCCGCAUUCAGAUAUAGUCCAGAUACAGUGAAAAUUAUAUUUUAUAAAUUUCACUAGUGGUUUAUCAGAAUAUAAUCAUCUGAUAUAUUACAAUAAAACUCUGGAAAGCAUGAAAUAAAACAUUUUAUUGCGUAUGCUAGAAAGUACAAUAUUGUCUAAAGUAGUAAGUACAUUAUUUACUAUAAUAGUAAGUACAUUAUAGACUAUAAUAGUAAGUACAAUCUUUGUAUUUGUUCUAAUGAAUCACUCUGUUUCCUCUUGCGAACGUGAGCUCGUUACCUUUUGCC